UUAAAUGUCACAUUUGACCCGUAAAUGGCAACCACCCCCCCGUUGUCAUUUACGAGUUUGUUUUUUGUCCUGGGUUUUUUGUGAAUAAAUUCGGUGGAAAAUGAGCCUGAAAACUGAAAAGGACAAAGUGAAACAGCUCCAGGACAAGUGCCAGUCCGUCCUUAACAGUUUGUUACGCGACGAGGACAAUAAAUAUUGCGUGGAUUGUGAUUCAAAAGGACCAAGAUGGGCCUCGUGGAACAUCGGGGUGUUCCUAUGCAUCCGAUGCGCGGGCAUCCACAGAAACCUGGGCGUGCACAUCUCCAAAGUGAAAUCGGUGAACUUGGACUCGUGGACCCCGGACCAGGUGGUGUCCUUACAGCAAAUGGGCAACUCCAGGGCCCGAGCGGUCUACGAGGCGAACCUGCCGGACAACUUCCGUAGGCCCCAAAACGACACCAGCCUGGAGUCGUUUAUCCGGGCGAAGUACGAGCACAAGAAGUACAUCGCGAGGGAAUGGGUGCCGCCCCCUUUACCGAAAGUCAAUUGGGAGAAGGAGAUCGACGAGGAAAUCGAGAAGCAGAAGAGGAAGAAGAAAACGAUUAUGGAGAAGAAACCGUUGGCGAACGUGGAGGUGCCCCAGUUACCGAAACCGACGAAUCCCAGUCCGAAACCGUCGCGGUCUCUCAGUAACACGCCCGAGAGUAAGGAGAAGGUUAAGCACAACGGGAGCAGCCACAGCAGCGACUUAUUAGGUAUAAAUAGCGACGAUAGUUUCAGUAGUUUCAUUUCGGCCGCGCCGAUAGACGGCGCCACGGCAAACAGCAACCCUGUCCCCGAAGAGGUGCAAAAGAAUGAAACCAAGGACAGCGUCAAAAGCGAGGAGGAGAGUUUCUUUAAUCAGACCUUACCGGUGCAAAAAGACAAGGCGAAGUUAGAUAAAGACAGUAUUUUAGCUUUAUAUGGUAAUGCGCCGACGAUGCCCCAAUAUCAGAACCCUUACGUUCAACCUCAGGUUCAGGCCGGUUUUCAGCAGAGCUUCGGGGGGUUUCCGCAGGGGGGACAAAUUUCCGGGUUCCCUGUGCAAAGUGGUUACCAGCAACAGUGGCAGAAAAACGCCGCAGGACCGGUUCAGUUUCCUCAAACUCAAAAUACGGGCGCCCAAUAUGGGGUCCAGCAACAAUUCGGCGCCGCCCCCGUCACCGCGAACGCGUUCCAAAACGGCCAACUACCGCCCGCCGCCCAUCACCAGUUCCAGUGUCCGUCAUCGACGAACGCCUACCAAACCGUCGCCGCCCCCGGACAGUUUGGCGGCCACUUCGCCGCCCCCCAUCAACCGCCAACUAAUGCGACGCCGUUCUUUAACGGUGGUUUGAGUCAGAACUUGGGGGCGCCGUUGCCGAUUCAGCAGCAGUUUGGCAACUUAACGUUGAACGGGCAAACGAACAUUUGGCAAUAGCGCGUAACAGAAAAAACGGGGUUUUAGGUUAAAAAUGUCACAAAAACAAAUUUAUAUCCGUGGGUAUGUAUUUUUAUUUGUUUUUUUCAAUUUAACUGUAUGAGAUUAUUUUAAUGGCUUUAAAAUGCAGAGUGCACAUUAUUGUACCAGGGGUGGAUAUAGUAUACGGGGGUUACCAUAAGUAUUAUAAGAAAAAAAAAACGUUGAUUUGCUUUUGGAUUUUAAUAAACAAGCGAGAGGGCUUAGUAUCGGAUUAUAUUAGGUACCCAUUCAUAAAUUUUUAUUUUUAAUUUAGUAUACAAGAUUUUUGAAUGAAACAGAGUGUAGUCUUUAAGAAGAAAAGGUUAAAUGAGGCCUGUUUUUCCAAAACUAAGUGCCAUUUUUUAAAUUUUACAGAAGAGACAAAGAACUAUUCUCUCAGUACCAUUGGAAGUCCAAACGUUAAAAUAUGUGCAAAUGUGAUAACAACCACCAAAACUCCUUAAAGUUUCACUUACCUGCUUGCCAAUAAGAUAAAAAAAAAAUUAUAGUAAGUUAACGGUAAGUAAGUUACGGUUUGAAGAUUUAGAAGUUUUUAAAGACGGACAUGUCCAUUACUGGAUCAGUGAUGGACUCAUCUACUUAAAAAAUAUAUAAAUAUCAAUAUAUAUUAGCAACAAUCAGCACUAAAUUUUGGAAAAUGUAAUCAGGAAUAAUCAAAAAACAGAAACGGAAGGAAGGAAUGAACGUUAUUCAUUUUGUUUUUUACGUUUAAAUUCUACCAAUUUACUGUCUGGAACAUGGCUUCGUUUCUCUGGAACAAAUCAAUUUUUCUUUUAAACUUUUAAUACUCAACCCCUGUAUAAAUGAAGGAUAACCCUCGUACAUAAUUUUUCCCUUUUUUCAUUUGUUCUCGCUCUCAGUCGGACACGUGUCUUGCCAAAAUUCAUCAGUUUUAAUUUAGGGCCUAACGCCUCGAGGGUGGGUGGGUUUACGUCCUAUUCGUUUAGUAGAUAGGUAGGUAACGUUGAUUUAAUUAAAGGAAAAAUAAACAAAUAAAGAAUUUAUAAAGAUAGGGUUUAAAAUAUUAAUAAUAAUAAUAAUAAAGAAUUUAAAAGUAUAUGAUAUUAAAUUAUAAUUGUGGCAGUGCAAUUUCAUUUAGCAACGAUUUUAAUUUUUAUGGAUCUCCUGCUCCUCCGUAUGGGUGAUUGCUUUUGAAGUAAUCCUACCAUAUGCCAAUAAACCCAGUAAGAAAGAGAGAGAGGGCGAUACCAAACUUUUUAAGCAUGCGCUUACCAACCAAUUUCAUUGUGAGAUAGACUUAUAACAUCGUCCUUUAAUAUCGUUAUCUCUCUCUCUAAGUUGGCCCCGCUUUUCUAUUAUUGAGUUUAUAAUAUACCAUUUCUGUCAAAUUUUUGGGUGUUGCAAUGUAACUAAAAAAAAGGUGCAUUUCACGUUAAAACUAUUAUUUUGAACUCGUUCAUCUUUUUUUACUGAACGUGUAUAGUAUUAUUAUUUAUAUAGUAGUUAUUUUUUUAAUUUGUUGUUGAAUUUUUUGUACCACACUGUGUAUACAUGCUGGUUUUGAUUGCUCUCCGUUGUUUCAGGGAUACGGGGUGAAAAUGAGAAGAUUAGUUAAAAGGGUGUCGUAACUGAGGGCCUUUAUAAGUUGAUAAAAUCGGAUGGUUCAGUGGCGUAGUUUGAAGAAAAUGGAGAUUUGCCCCAAAUUUGGUCUCUUUUUAAAUGGUAUUUGUUUUACCUAAAAUAUCAACAAGAGCCAUAGAAUGAUGGAAUCAUAGUAGGUCACGAAAGGGAAAGAAUGAUAAUCGUUUCAAAAAUUGAAAACUAUAGGAGAAAAGGUACUGGAAACCCUCGCUUUCUCUGUCCGGUAAUUAGUACAAUUUUAAUACAAAAAUUUAACGAAAGUUGUAAAAAAUGUUAAUAGAAUAUAGUACUAUUAUUGAAAUAUUGUACUAAAAACAAUCACUCUAUAAUAUUUCUCCUUAUCACAAUUUUUGAAUUUAAAUUAAAACAUUUUUAGAAAUUUCUUAGUGAUGCGAAACCUUACGCGUAACGUGUUUUUGAUAUACAUUUUUCAAUAGUACAAAAUUCAGUUUUAUGUUACAAUGUGUACUGAAAAUUAUUAAGAUCUUUUUAAUUUGUUUCAAUUUUGAUGAAAAAAAUUGAAAAAAAAAAACGUGUAGUAAUGCAAGGUCUCUGUAAUAAUCUCUAUAAAUAGUACAAAAUUCUGUUAACGUUUUGUACUAUUUGCCGCUUAGUUAUAGAGGAAAGUUGCCUAUUAUCGGAUACUUUUUUCUUUUAAUUAACAAAAUAUACCUACAUACCACAUAAAUUAAUUGCAUGUUAAAAACGGUUAGGAUGAUAUACCUAUGUUCUUUCAUUAUGUGACACGAAAUAGCUCUAACUUUCAUAAAAGUUAAAAAAAAAAAACAUAACAGUGCAUAAAUGAUUAUUUUGAAAUUAGGUUCCUUAUAUCGGAUAGUAGGUGUUCCUAAUAUCGCAUAUAUCGGAACUUAAACGUUUAAAAUAAACAGCAUAGGUAUUUGUUUAGAUUUUUAUUAAUAUUAAAUUGAAAAUACGUUCAAAAACUUUAUGAAAAACCGUCAAGUUAAUCUAAGCACAUCUCACAAGUAAACCAUAGAUUUUUGUCAGUUCCUGCACAUUCUUCAUGGCACCAACGAAAGCAUUGAUUGCAUCUGAUCCACUUUUCCCCUGAUCUGUCCUCUGAAUAAAAAUUAUUGCAAUACAGACACUCGGCGUCUUCGGCAUCUCUGUCCAUAUCAUCAUCACUGUCUACUAACUGCAAUUCAGUAUCAGUGUCAUCAUCACUGGAUGAGGUGAGAGGUUUUUUAGCUUUUCCCUUCCCUUUACCAUUUUUUUGGUUUAGUUUUUGUGCUUCUGUUUUGACCCUUAAGUGCAGUGUUAAUCGAAACUGUUUUUAAUUUUCUUUUGUUUAAAGCUUCUUCCGGUUCUGAUUUGUAAGGCGAUCCAGUUAUUAACGCAGUAGUACCACGUCUUCCUCGCUUAUUCGUAGAUCCGGACGUGUACGAGCAACGAGGCAUAGGGCUGAUAUCUGUCGGUUUCACCAACUUUCUGUUUGUAAAAGGAGUGGUCAAGCUAUUUAUUAAGGGUUUUGUGGGGAUAGCAUUAGGUGUUUUAAUCCUGUCCCUCAUAGAAAAUAGAGGUAUUUCAUCUUCGCUUUCUAUUUCCUCCGAUUCUGGCCUGUUCUCAUCAAGUUGUUGGGGUGGUGGCGGGGUUCUUUCACGUUGGGAUCAUCGUCUCGGAAUACAUGUCUGUUGAGCGGAAAAAUUCCACAUUUUCUAAAAUCAUUUACGGCCACUUCAACGCUUGCAGCACGUAGGUAUGCUCUCCCUAGCAGCUCAGCGACCUGAUAGUGAGUUACCACCCUUCCUGGCUUAUUUUUGAGCCAUGACUCCAAUGCAUAAUAUGUUUUAAAUGGAUACAUAAAAGCUACGUCUAGGGGUUGUAUCUUAUGUGUCGAAUGAGGAGGUAGACAUAACACAUGCACAUAGUUUUCCCUUGCUAAAUCAAUUAAAGGGAUGUUGCGCGUAUGAGAGUAGUGCCCGUCUAAUAUCAAAACCACUGGCUCACCCUUUGCUGGUUUAACAUGCUUUAUAAAAUGUGUUAACCAAGCUGUAAACAGAUCAUGCUGAAUCCAACCAGAAGGAUAACAUCUGGCGAUCGUUCCUGGCGGUGCUCCAUUUAGGAGUUCAGCCUUCAUAUUUUUUCUAGGAAAUACUAGCAUAGGUGGCACAUAUAUUCCGGUAGCGCUCAUACAAGUCACUACAGUAACAAGAGCUCCCCUUUCGGAUGUCGUCAAGGCCCCAACUUGCCUUUUACCUAGUAAGCUGAGAACCCUUGAAUGUUUUUGUUGAACAGUUGUAAUGCCUGUUUCAUCUUCAUUAAAUAAUCUGGCUGGAUUCAAUUUGAUUUCUGCUAAGGCUGGCUCUAACAGAUCAAAAAAAGCCGCGCAAUUUUCUCGAGUAAACCCUUUUAUGCGAGCUGUAGAUACACCCUGUGGCUUACUAAAACUCAGUUCAGGAUGUCUCUUUAAAAACCCUUUUUGCCACUUUUUUCCUGCACUUGAUUUCGUCAUAGAAAAAGGGUGUUGUAGCCCGUUCUGGAUAGCUAGCUGAAACGCUAGCCUUCUAAUAUCGGAAGCUCUUAGUCCAUAAAACCGUUUCUCCAUAUCUAAACAAUAUGUAACUAACAGAUUUUCAAUUUCGUUGGUUAGCGCAGGUUUUCUUCCUAAUUUCGUAGCUGUUAAUACUUCUAUUAGCUUGUCUGAUUUUACGUAAUCAACAAGGGUACUUCUUGGAACUUUAUAUAUUUUUGACGCUUUUAAAUACCCCAUUUCUUUGCUUCUAAUAGCAUUAACCGCAAGCUCCAUGGCUCUUGCAUCCCAUGUUUUACGACCUUUCUCUUGUUUUCCGUUCAUCUAGAAAAAAAAGCAAAAAACCUCCUUAAUCAAGGUCAAAAGUAAUAAUAAUAUGGUAUAUGAAACUUAUUCUCAUUUAUUAUUAAAAAAAAAGAGAGUAAAACGCAAGUAUCUAUGACAGAAAAUCAGUUGAUUCAUUUAAAAAUAGCUCCAGAAAACUGGUUCCAAAUAUCGGAUACUAUACGAUAUUAGGAAACCAAAAGUAUCCGAUAUUACGAUACAUAACCUCACUACAUUUACCGUUUUUUUUACAUUUAAAAAAUAGUUCACAGAAGCAAUUUAUACAUUAAAAGAUAUCAUCUGCAAUCUACUUAAUGAUAUGGUAUGUAACAAACCAAUAAUUUAACCUACCUUUUCCAGAAAUAACGCCAAAAAUUAUACACUGUUAAAAUCUAUGCACAUCGAAAACCGUUACAGUAGCAAAAUAACGUUUUGUAAACAUUGAUAGGAUUCUGUAAUUAUUGUAGGAAAUGAUCUGCGUAAUUGUUCUCUCGAUUACUAUGGAAGUUACGAGAUGGCGCUGUGCUAUUACAGAUUUAGAGUAAUGUCCGAUAUUAGGAACCUAUGCAGUAUUAGGCUACUUUCCUCUAUAUUAAAAUUGUACUAAAAAAAUUGUAUGCGUUGCCACUAAGAAAUAUCCAAUCCAAUGAAAAAAAUAUGAUAGAUGGGGGAAUUGCGUAGUAGUGACGACUUUAGUACAAUUUUAAUACAAAAUGGCGUGGCAAAAAGUACAAUAUAAGAACAUUUCGAACUAUUCAAUUAAAUUGUACUAAACAAUUCCAACCACUAGGUACGUAAUUUCUCCAUUUACCGCAACUUUUACAUUUGCAUUGAUUCAUUUUAGAAAUUUCUUAGUGAUGCGAGGCCUCUGGCCACACACAAGACGUUUUAAGUACAAUUUUUUAAUAAAUAGUACACAAUUCUGUUAAUGUUUUGUACUAUUUGCCACCUAGUUUUAUAUUAAAAGUGUACUAAAAAAACUUUAUGUGUGGUCACUCUAAGAAAUGUCCAAUUUGUUUCAAUUCAAUGAAAAAAUAUAUGAUAGAUAUAAGAAUUGCGUGGUAGUGACGACUUUAGUACAAUUUUAACACAAAAUGGCGUGACAAAUAAUACAAAACAAUAUCAAAAUUUUGUAUUAUUUAAUAAAAUUGUAAUAAAAACCUCUUGUAAUUUCACCAUUUAUCGCAAAAUUUACAUUUGCAUUGAUUGAUUUUAAAAAUGCCUUAGUGAUGCGAGGCCUCUGGCCACGCAUAAGGCCGUUUUAGUACAAAUGUUAACACAAAACUGAGUGACAAAUAGUAAAAAACAUUGUACUACUAAAAACCCCUGGUGCGUGGUCAAAUCAAGCAGUGUCUCUAUUUAUGACAACGUUUACCUUUAAAUUGAUCCACUUUAGAACUGACUUAGUUAUAUAAGACAGUUUUAGUACAAUUUUAAUACAAAACCGGGCGAUAAACUGUGUCUUAUUUAACAAUUUGUAUUUAUAAUCAGUUCCUAGGUUAUUUUAGUCCGAAUAUGUUUUUCUUUUAAAUUAUAAAAAAAAAUACAUGCUGCUCCAUUUAAAUAAGGGCAAAUUUGGCAAAUAUCUCCUGAAAGUAUAAGAAAAACGGCAACAAUGACCUACUUUUUACUAAAACUUAUAGAGGACCUAAAAUAUUAAUUAUAGCAUCCUUAGGUUCUACCGGUUAAUAUUUAAGCCUGCAAUUACAACCAAAAUGGGCCACAGUGUACAUAGUUUUUCGGCUUAAUUUUUAUGUACUUGUAAUUUAAAUAUAUCACAAAUAUAACAGA